AUGCCCAAAUCCUGCUGUUCCUCUUGCAGCCAGCCUUCCUGCUGCAGGUCCACCUGCAGUAAAUCAACUAGCGUGACCAGAUGCUGCCAGCCCUGCUGCCAGCCAAGCUGCUGUGAAACUACCUGUUGCAAGACUACCUGCUGUAAGCCAACAUGUGUAGCCAGCUGCUGUAGCACACCCAGCUGCUGUAAAACGACUUGCCACAAGAACACCUACUGUAAGCCAACCUGUGUAACCAGCUCCAGCUGCACACCCAGCUGCUGUAAAACCAGCUGCUGCAAGAGCACCUGCUGUAAGCCAACCUGUGUAACCAGCUGCAGCUGCACACCCAGCUGCUGUGAAACCAGCUGCUGUGAGAGCACCUGCUGUAAGCCAACCUGUGUAACCAGCUGCAGCUGCACACCCAGCUGCUGUAAAACCAGCUGCUGCGAGAGCACCUGCUGUAAGCCAACCUGUGUAACCAGCUGCAGCUGCACACCCAGCUGCUGUAAAACCAGCUGCUGCGAGAGCACCUGCUGUAAGCCAACCUGUGUAACCAGCUGCAGCUGCACACCCAGCUGCUGUAAAACCAGCUGCUGCGAGAGCACCUGCUGUAAGCCAACCUGUGUAACCAGCUGCAGCUGCACACCCAGCUGCUGUGAAACCAGCUGCUGUGAGAGCACCUGCUGCAAGCCAACCUGUGAAACCAGCUGCAGCUGCACACCCAGCUGCUGUGAAACCAGCUGCUGUGAGAGCACCUGCUGCAAGCCAACCUGUGAAACCAGCUGCAGCUGCACACCCAACUGCUGUAAAACCACCUGCUGUGAGAGCACCUGCUGUGAUCCAACCUGUGUAAGCAGCUGCAGCUGCACACCCAGUUGUUGUGAAACCAGCUGCUGCAAGAGCACCUGCUGUAAGCCAACCUGUGUAACCAGCUGCAGCUGCACACCCAGCUGCUGUAAAACCACCUGCUGCAAGAGCAUCUGCUGUAAGCCAACCUGUGUAACCAGCUGCAGCUGCACACCCAGCUGCUGUAAAACCACCUGCUGCAAGAGCAUCUGCUGUAAGCCAACCUGUGUAACCAGCUGCUGCACACCCACCUGCUGUAAAACCACCUAUUGCAAGAGCACCUGCUGCAAGCCAACCUAUGUAACCAGCUGCUACUGCACACCCAGCUGCUGUAAAACCACCUGCUGUAAGCCAACCUGUGUAACCAGCUGUUGCUGUACACCCAGCUGCUGUAAAACCACCUGCUGCAAGACCACCAACUGUAAGCUGUUGACCGAGGUUUUCUACCCUGCCCGGUUCCCAUAA